AUGAGUAUUGAUAGUAUAUUGUCCGGCUCAAGAGACAAGAGCUCAGCAUUUUCGCCAUUCCUUGUGGCAAGCGCAAGCUCGAGCUCAGAGAAGGUCCCUUUCUCGUCUGGCAUUUCCACCACGGCGCCAACGUUUGGUUGUUUUAAGUCUCCACAACACAGCAGUUACCCAUACUUGUACCCAUCAGUUAUUGGUCCUGCUUAUACUCAGCGCUACCUUGGCCAGGAACAUGGAAUUGUCCCAUUACUUGACCCAAAAGGUGUUAUCCAGCACAUAGGACCUUACCUGCACCACUCAGCUUCUAUCCCAGGUAUGUUCAGCUACCAUCCCAUUGAAGACGAAAAACCGAGCCAGUCCUACAUUGGCUUGAUCGGGAAAGCAAUUCUCAGCACCCCACAGGAAAAGCUCGUUCUUAGCGACAUUUACAACUAUAUUCUUACCAAUUAUCCGUACUUCCGGAACAAAGGACCUGGAUGGAGAAACAGCAUUCGCCAUAAUUUGAGUCUCAACGAGUGCUUUAUAAAAGUUGGUCGAAGCCCUAAUGGAAAAGGCCAUUUCUGGACAAUCAAUCCCUUAAAUUACGAAGACUUUAGCAAAGGAGAAUACAGGCGUAAGAGAGCAAACAAAAAGAGAUCUGAUGGAGAGAAUAUCAAGCUCAAAAAUACUGAGAAGGAGAAAGAUGUUGUUUCAAAAACUGAAGCGAAAGUUGAUUACAUAAAGAGCGGUGUUCCAUUGACUAGUAGUAAAUUAUUUUCAGGAAUCUAUGGGACAUAUUCGGCAUCUUCCAUACCAAAUAAAACCACGUCGAUCAAAGAAAAUAAAGGCUUUCAUAUCGAGACAAUUUUAUCAGGACUUAAGGACCAUAACUCGCUCAGCUCAUGUUUGAAAAGAAAGUGCUCGCAAAAUAACGGCGUUAAAGCAGAUUUUAAGAGCAACACAUUGUAG